AAGGGGCUGGCCAGCGGAGCGCGCCCCGGCCUCUAGGGCCGAUCGCAGAUGCGCGAGGCCGGCGGCGGAGCCUGGGCGCCAGCUGGGGGCCCUGAAGUCAGCACCUCCGACCCGGGCCGCGACGAUGGACUGACAGCAAAGAUGUGACAGUAAAUGAAGCAAGAGCUUAAAAAAUAUCAAAGAUGCUUUUAAACCAGAAUGCCUCAAUGAUCAGACCUCUUCAUUGGUAUCCCUGGGUGUACAUCAGCCUUGUGAUUGCCACCUCGCUCUCUUUGCCUGAGUUGUUAGAUGAGCCUUGCAUCUUUAAUAUGACGCUACAAAAUUUUCUGCCCAUAUUGUCGUGGGAAUUGAAAAACUCUUCCAUUGUUCCGACUCACUAUACAUUAUGGUACACCAUCAUGAGUACACCCGAAAGCAUGAUGCUGGUUGCUGGCUGUGAAAAUGUCACGAAACGACAUUGUAACCUAACGGAUUGGAAAAGCAUGCAGGAGACCUACGUCAUCCAACUAAUGGGAUUCGAAGGGAACAGGGUGCUAAUCAACUGCAUGGGCGAUUUCUUUCUGGCUAAGUACAUAUCCUUUGAACCACCAGACUUUGAUAUUCUUGGUUUCAAGGAUCAUAUGAAGGUGUUGGUGAAGUUCCCCUCCUAUGCUGCCCGGAACAUAGACGUGGAAAUGUUGCAGCAGUAUUUUUCUCUCGUCAUUGAACAUCAGUCAGAGAAGAUGGUCAAGAAGCACAAUCCCCCAAUACACGGAAACCUCACGGGAACUCUCACCUAUGGCAUUGACAAGUUAAUUCCAAACACAAACCACUGCGUAUCGGUUUAUUUUGAACCAAAAGACCUGGGACAAUUAAUAAGACCCAGCUUGAAAUGUGUCCUCCUUCCUGGCCAGGAAUCAGCAGAGUCAUCAGAAUCUGCCCAAAGUGGAGGAAUAAUCACUGCGUUUUUAAUAGCAGCUUUCUUCAUUAGCGGCAUAAUAAUACUGAAACAGAUGGGCUAUAUAUGCUUAAAAAAGUAUUUCCCCAAAACGUUGAGCUUUUAUAACUGGUCCGCCUGGAUAUUCCCCGACCCACCGGCACUGGAAGUCGUGGAUCCGGUGGAGGUCAUUAAUGUCUGCCAAAAGAAGAAGGUGUGGAACUACACUUAUGAUGAGAGUGACAAUGAGGAGGAAGCUGCUCUUAGAACAAGCGCCGGUGGUUACACCAUGCACGGACUCAUUGGCAAGCCCCUGACUCGGGCCUCGGCCACCUCUGAGGAGUUGUCCUUGGUAGGCCCAGGUGUGGAUGAACCAGACCUGUCCGAGGAGGAGGCUGGGCUCCUCCCAGUGCGAGAGCCCAGCCCCCGGCAGUCACAAAGUGCAAAUGAACCCUACCAGGGAAGGGAGAGCCUGCUCCGGGACCCCGUUUCUGAGGGGGACAGCAGUCCCGAAGAGGAGCCUGGGGGGAGAGUACACUUUAAUGUGAAUUUAAACUCUGUGCUUGUGAGGAUCCUGGACCAUGACGCAGACAUCGCUCCGAUGCUUCCAUAUCUUCCAGAAGAGACAGCCAACCCAGAGGACCCAAGCGAGCUGGAAUCAAGCUUCCUGAUCCCCAGGGAGGAGGAGACGCCGCCGUCCUCAGAGUGUCAGUGGUCGGAGGAGGAUCUUUCCGAGAAAAGCGACACGGAGGAGUCGGAUCCCGGCUUCGACGGUGGCUAUAUAAUGAGAUUAGCCCAAAGAUAUGAACGUGGAACUGACUAGAAGCUGUUUACGGGGUGUCAUACCACCACCACCACCCCUCCCAGUGCACCCUUUCUCACCUAAAUGUGGAGUCAAAGACUAGAAUCUGCCUGAUUCCCUCCUGCAAUCUCAGGUGUGGGAGUCUCAGUGGAGGGCCGAGGCAUAGGAGCCCGCUUUGAAAAGGAACGCCCGUGCCAGUCCCUCGGCUCUCCUCUACUUACAGUGUGUCCACACAAUGGCCGCCAAAAUAAGGAGCAAGGGUGCCCGUGCUUGGCAGCCGUGGGCCAGGGUGGGACUAGGGAGAGACCAGGGAAAAGACCCGGCCGGUGCCCUGGCUUGGUUCGUAAGUGGAGGCCUGAGCUGCUGCUUGCAGAGGGCUUGAGCGGGCAGCAGCGCAGAGGAGAGGAGGGCAGCUCCAGUGCCCCCUGCCACCGGCAGCCCCGGGGCACAUUCUGCUUCCUGCGCUCUUCCAGCCCUCCGUGAAUCCCACGGGAAAUGGACACGCGCAGCCAGGACUAGGUGAGGCGCCAGCGCGGAGGACGCGCCCUGAUGGGCAGAGAGAUGGAACCGCAGUGCCUUCUUUGAAAACGUGUGGAACGUGCGCGCAAGUGCGUGUACACACACACACACACACACACACACACACACACACACACUCGGCCCUAGAUUCUCCAACAAUUCAAGAAGGGCUCCUCCGUGGGCUAAUCCCAGGUGCCCUGCUUGUCAUGAUACUUUCUGUGAAGAUGACGGGCAAAGGCAACACUGGAAGCUUAGGAUGAUGCCCUGCUCCGCUCCCGCUUCCGCGCACGCACCGAGCCUCGGUUGCUGCGUUUGUGAAAUUGAGGGGGCUGGACUCGGUCAUCCGCAGGAGUCCAGGAGUGGCAGCGAAAACCACAGGCGGGGGUGGGCAGAGCUGAGAGGCCCCUCUCCCAGAGAGUGGCUUGCUCAGACCUGCCCCGGGCCCCAUCCCAAGAGACCCGAGCCACCCAUGCCCGAGGACACGGACUUUGAGUGGGUUGUGUUUUCAUUGCUGUAAAGUAACUGGAAGGAGCAGGAGGUGAGAGCGCCCUUAGUUUACAUUUAAUGAAAUGCCACGGAAAGCGAUCUCAACACCUGCAAGGUCCGUGUCUCCUAUAUUUUGACAGUCCUGCAGAUUGAAGUUUGGGGAUCACUUCUUUUUGCUGCCUUUAUGUGUAUACCGGGGUGUGUGUGUGUGUGUGUGUGUGUGUAUAUAUAUAUAUAUAUAUAUAUAUAUAUUUUUUUUUUUUUUAACUUUGUAUUAUAGUUGGGGUUGUUAAAGAGUAAUGCAAGCAUACUUUUAUAACAGACUUGUAGCACAACUCUUUUUAAUAAUUUAAAACCAUUGAAUUGUAUGAUGCGUGAAUUAUGUCAAUAAAACUGUUCGA